GAUCCAAUUCUGGGAAACAAUCCCAGGCCUCUUUCUCAUAAACAGAAACUUGAAAGCUCCUGUGUUCUUACUUUUUGCAGAGCCAGACUGGGUGAUGCCAAUCUGAUUGGAAAGGACAGAAAAGAGAGGGAGUGCGGGGAACGCCAGGAUGAAGCUAGAGCUUGCUCUGCCUGUUUUGGGGCUCCUGCUCUGUGUGGCUGACACCGUGGCGCAGGAGAACCCUGACACCGUGGCGCAGGAGAACCCUGACACCGUGGCGCAGAAGAACCCAAUCACGGUGGUGAUCUCUAAGACCAAGGUGACUCUCACUUGCCCCUUUCAAGAACAUGUAAUAUGGAAAAAAGAGGGACAGAAGCUAACUGAUACAGAUAAUAUCUAUGAGAUUGAGGAGUACGUGAGUUCCAAGCACGACGGGGAGUAUGCAUGUGAGGCCACCGACAAAGACACCAGACUUCUUCACCUGAAGGCCAAAGUCUGCGAGAGCUGUGAGGAGCUGGAUGUCUUGACAGUGGCCGGGGUCAUCAUCGCAGAUCUCCUCAUCACCCUCGGGGUGCUGAUCCUGGUCUAUUACUUCAGCAAAAACCGGAAGGGGCGAGUCGGUAGCAGUGCCGGAGUUCAUCCAAGAGGCCAGAAGAUGGUGCGCCCCCCGCCUGUGCCAAACCCGGACUAUGAGCCCAUCAGGAAGGGUCAGCGGGAAGUGUAUGCCGGGCUGCAGUCCAGGGGCUUCUGAAUUGCCCUGCAGAUGGCAGGUUGGACAAGAGCAGCUAAGGGGCCCCCAGCUUCUGUCCCAUGUGAUACAGAUUCUCUGCAGUCCGUGCUGGGCAGCCGUGCAUUCUGGGGACCAGCCCAGCAGCUACAAUGGGAGACGCUGCCGCUCCUUGGACACCCUCCUUUCUGCCUUCGAUUUGACCCCAGGGAACAGACGCUGACUAAAGAAACAAGAAGAAGAGGUUUUCCCCAUUAAAUAACCGUCGCUUUCUCCUCUUUGGGCUUCUCCUGGGACUGCUGGGCUCUCCUGAUCACCCUUUCCAAACUGCUGGGGAAACCCUUUCACUCUUCAGUUUUAUUUAUUUCAGUCACAUGCUUUGAUUUUUCUCUCCAGCACCCUGCGCCAUUGAUCUCGUCCUGACACUCGGAUGGCCUCUUUCCUGCCCAGGGCAAAGAGGGACACGGUCCAGUGUUCUGAGCACCAGCCCAGGAGCCAGGAACACCUGAGCUCUGACCCCAGCUCUGACACUGAGUCUCUCUGUGAUUGUGGCUAAGUCCCUCCCCCUCAGCUUCCCCAUCUGUAUCACUUGGGCAGAGACUCACCCGCUUCCCAGAGAUGCGUUAAGUAGUGCAUGUAGACCCUCUCGGAGUACUGGGGCUUGGCUGGCUCUCUCCUGGUCCUCUGGUUUUACAUUAGUUCCCAUUUCCCUUCCCAGGAUAGUAACGAUGCUGUCACCACAUUCCCUGGGGCUCGAAAGGGAGAUGCAAUGGUCACUAUGGGCCAUAAGGCGUAGAAGUGGCCGUGAGCACAUCCACCAUAUUCCUCCUUCAGCCCUGUCCCCAUCUAGCUUGUGCUUUGCAGUGUUCUUCUGGCCACCGCUAGCAUUCGGGAUGCAAGUCCCUGUGCUGCGAUCCUUGGGCCAGGUGCAGUCUGUCAGUCAUGCUCACCUGGGCCUGUCUCAGCAGCGACAGAGCAGUUCAUUGAAAACACAGCUCUGGCUGCCCUUUCCAGUCAUGCUCAGCAUGUCUGUCCUUGCUGUGGGGUCACAGACAGCCCCAACACCCCUUUCCGGAGACCUGCGUAGGGGGAAACAGGGCUUGAGCCCUUUCUGGCAUCUCUGGGAUGGAUAAAGUCGGCCUGGAAGGAGGGGAUUUAAUCAUCAGCAGUGGACACCUGGCACCGCCUGGUUUUGCUGGAGGACCUGGUGGUUCUCUCAGGAAGGUGCCAUGUAUGGGGCCUAAAUAGAAGGCGUGUGGACCCUUCAGCACAUGCCCCUUCUCCCCCCAGCCUCCUCUAAACGUUGUCACAAAGCAGGUCAUCUGUAGGCCCCUCAGUAGGGUGCUUAAGUGGCUGAUUGAGUCUUUAACCCUUAUUAGUAAAUUACAGUAGCACUUGGAAGCCCCAGUCAAGAUCUGGGCCCCACCGGGCUGGGUUCUGCCGAGGAGCGUUGUCCCUCCCCAGAGACAUCACUGUCUCAGGGGGACGAGACGCAUGAGAGAGGACUGGCACCGUUUUCCAGUUCCAGGGGAACUGACCUCAGGGCUCCUGACCCCCAGUACCUUAACCACAGGACGUUUUCCCUCUGGAGAAGUCCUAUAGAAUUUAAGAGCAGCAAAACCCAUAGGGCUGUGUAGAAAUUAGCCCAAACCAUAGAGAACUCCAGACAGAAUGAGACCCUUUCCAUAGGUUUUUAUUUUUACUCAGCCUGUGGAAUUCUAUAGCAGGGACCCCCAUUCCUGUUUCAGUUCUAUAGCGUGGGCCAAAACCACAUCUAGAAAUAGGAGCAUUUUCUAGUAACUGUGUGAGGACUUUCCCGGCAGGGCUGUACAAACCCCGUGUUCUGAGUGAGUCUCCUCUGGCUCACCUUGCUCCAACCCCCUUCCUUGCUGCCUCCUCCCUCUUCUGUUACAGCUCUGGCUCUCAGGCUGCGUCCUGGCUCAAUGGUGUCUGUUACCAAGAUGGCGAGUUUGUCUGUAUUGAGAAAGGCCUGUUUGAACAUUUAUGAUGCAAGUAUUUCUAAAAGUGCAUUAUGCAGUCAAUAAACUGGCAGAGCUCUGCCCCUGGAUCUGCA